ACCGUCUUGCUCUGGAAGGCGGAGGUCCCGGAGACCCUUCAGUAUUAACUGCAGUCUAAUAUUAACUACAACGCAAACAAAUCAGCGGUAAACAAAAGGCAAGAGUAAACAAACUCCCAGGGCCUGGAAGGGGAUGGACCAACUUUUAUGAUUCUGUUCCUCUGGUUUUUAAACACUAAAGAACAACAUUUCGGCUCAUAAAAAAAAUUGGAUAUAUUUACUCUCUUCUGCUCUGGGAAACAAACAACUUCGCAUUCACACAUUCUGACGAGCAGCGAGCGUUGAAUACCUCGGAGGUCUCAUGUGAUUUAUCAAGUCGCAGGCAGGUCCAGCUGUUUGGACGGUGGUUCCAGCCCCGUCCUUCCCGGGUGUCCCCACUUUCCCUUUUGUCUACCCCUGAGGGACGCUCAGGCCCUCCUCCAGCACUUCAUCACCACUGACGAAGAGCCUCAGCUGCACUCUUCCUCUCUGUGCUUUUUUUUUUUUUUUAAGUAUAUAUCAGUCGUAGAGACCUGAACACAUCGUGGGGAUUAAGGAAUGUCUCCUCACCGUCCAGAUCCGUCACGUUCUGUGUGAAUUCUCAGACUGCUUUUGCGUUUUCUUGGUGCAAGAAAAGAGACUUUAAGGUCAAAGACUGGAGAGAGGAUUUCUGAGUCCAGAUGAGAGAGUGGACGGAGUCUGAGAUGAGCUUUCCAGCAGGGGGGUAUCUCUCCACCUCGGAGGGUUACUGCUCCGCUGAGCCGCUGCAGUACUACGACAUCCUGGCCGACCCUGUGGGUUAUCCUCUGCAGGACCCGGACCUCCAGCUGCUCCCUUACAACCAACAGCAGUAUUUCCCUGCCAACCUGCCUUUCUCCUUCUACAGCUCCCCUCCUUCUUCCACCUCCUCACCUUCAUCUCUGGCUUCAUCCUCUCAGCUCUGCCAUCCUCCCUACCAGUACGGCUCUCACAGCCUGGAGGGCCCCUGCGAUCAGGGCCCGGAGCCCCUGUCUUCGGGGCUGAAUCAGGGGCUGGCACCCACAGGGCUGCCUCUCGUGCGCAGGCCUCGGAUGGGGUCGGGAGGAAAGGGCAAAGGCCAGGAUGAGUUGUGCGUGGUGUGUGGGGAUAAAGCAUCGGGGUACCACUACAACGCUCUCACCUGCGAAGGGUGCAAAGGUUUCUUCAGGCGCAGCGUGACUAAAAAGGCCGUGUAUCACUGCAAGAGCGGCGGCGGCUGCGAGAUGGACAUGUACAUGAGGAGGAAGUGCCAAGACUGUCGGCUGAGGAAGUGUCGUGCUGUGGGAAUGCUGGCGGAGUGCCUUCUGACAGAAGUCCAGUGCCAAUCCAAGCGACUGAGGAAAGGAGGUAAAAACAGGGGGCAAGAAGCGGAGGAGAGCGCAGACGGUCGGAGAGUCAGCUCCACCUGCCGGUUCCCUGCGCAGACUCAGCCGGCCACGUUGACGCGGGAACAGAAGCACAUUGUGGACAGGAUGGUGGAGGCUCACCGACAGUUCAGAGAUCAGGACAGCAGCAGUUACAUGCAGGUGUUUGAGUGGCAGUGUGGUCUGGAAGGAGACGGCCUGGUGGAUGUCCCCUCCCCACAGCUGCAAAGACUCCUGCAGUUUGCCAGAACGGUGCCGGGAUUUGACCUCCUGGAUUUCUCAGACCAGAUGAGCCUCCUGUCUGUGUCCUCGCUGGAGGUCAUGUUCCUGCUCUCUGCCCAGCAGUUCUCCAACAACCCAGCGAGCCCCACUCCAGUGUCGCAGCUUUUCAGUGCUUCCGCUUACGGCUGGCACAGAAACCUGGACCCGAAGGAAAACCUGGACAUCAGGAUGCCCGUCAGCUCAGGAUGCAGCGAGGAUCUCCUGGGCUCGGUGCUGAACUUCCUGCACAGCAUGGCAGUGCUGCGUGUGACAGAAGCUGAAUACGCUCUGCUGACCGCCACAGCUCUGCUCUGCUCAGAUCGAGCGUCCCUGCAGGCGGUUAGUGGUGUGGAGAAAAUGCAGGAGCUGAUCCUAGACCUGCUGUCCAGGGUGUGUGGGGCCCAAACCGGAGCAACAGGUCGCAGAGGGCCGCAGCGUUUCGGCCGCCUGCUGGGCAGAUUGACGGAGCUGCGGACCCUCCAUCACAACUACCUCCUCCUGACAGGACAACAGCAUCCACACUGAUGCAGACACUGACCAGGUCUUCAUGUGUGAAGACAUGAAAAAGACCAUCUCUCUGUCUUUUUGAGAUCCGAGAGAUGGACCAACAAAUGACUUUUUUUUUGGGGGGGGGGGGGUUCAUCCGACAUGCCCUUUGGUCACAUAGCUUCAGUGGUUUUAGAUUGUUGUAAACAAUCUUUUUUAAUAUGUGUUAAAAACUGUUACCAUAAACACUUCCUGGACAGUUUGUUUUGUUGAGCAGUUUUAAAAUAACGUGUUGCCUCUACAUUUGUAGGUUUAUCUAUUAAAUAAAAAUUAAGAAAGAAAA